CCUCCUCCUUGCCUAGACAAAGCGCGGCCCACCCUCACUCACUGUCUCACUGGCCCUUGCACUCUCGGAGACAACGACGGCGCCGCACUACCGUGCUCGCCGAGCGACCUUGCGCACACCCUGAUUCGGCUCGGCCGCUGUCCAGUGACUAGAGCGCCUCGACGAUCCAUCGCUGCUCAAGCAUGUCCGGGCCGGCGAGGAGCGAGGCUCUCGAGCGCGGCGCUCAGCCGCGCCUGUCGGCGCUGCACCUCGUGCACGGCGAGAUCACGGCCGUGACGUCGGCGAUGCGCAAGCAGCUCUUCAUCAGUGCCUCGUCGUCCUUCCUCGGCGGCGGCUCCGGCUCCAGCGGCAAUCUGGCCGUCGGUGCUGGCACCACUGCCGCUAGUCUCACUCGCGCUGCAGUUGCGGCUGCUGCCGCCAGCUUUGCGCCGCCUCCAACAGAGGCGACGCCUGCGCUCAACGGAGCUGCCUCAGAUCUCGGCUCGAGCCUCGGCCUGCGCACGCCUGGCGCCUCGGCCGUGGCAUCUGGCUCGCGGGCGGCGCAGGCCGGACGGCGCGCGCCGGCAUACCCAGGCGAGCGUGACGAGGGCAUGGCUGGCCUCUUGAAUGGCUUCACUGUCCUGCGGGCGCAGCUGCGCGAGCAGCCUGACCUGAGCACCUUCCCGCUGCCGGUCCUGCUCUCGCCAUUCUUGCGCGUCAUUCUCUCGCCUCGCGUCACUGGUCCAGUGACGUCUGCUGCGCUGCAGUCGCUCCACAAGAUUCUCAUCCACGGCGUCGUCAAGGUGCCGGCAGCGACCGGCGAGCACGGCUACGCCGCGGACCCCCAGAGCGCGCUGCUGGCCGUGGCAGAGGUGGCGCACGCCGUCUCGCACUGCCGCUUCGAGGCAAGCGAUGCUGCUACAGACGAGCUGGUGCUGCUUCGCAUCCUCGCCGUGAUGCGCGAGCUUGUCUGCGCCGACGGAGGCGAGGCGGAGGGCAGAGAGCCGCUGGCGAAUCGGUUAGGCGACGAGAGCAUCUGCGAGAUGGUCGAGACGGGCCUGAGCAUGUGCUGCCAGAUGCGCCUCAGCGAUUUGCUGCGCCGCACUGCCGAGCAGUCGAUGAUCGCCAUGGCGCGCAAGCUCUUCUCGCGUUUGGCGCAGCUGCCGACAUCAGACGAUGAGGCAUGGUCGUCUGACCCGAACGACCCGACUGCCGAGCCCGAGCAUGCCACGCUGGCGGCCGAGCCGGUGGGCACGGACGGCCAGGACGACGAGCGCCGGCUGCGGCGCAUGACGAUGCCGGAUCCGAAGAGCAGCGAGGUGCCUGCAGCUGCGGCUGCGGCGCUGCAGGAGCUGAAGGCCAUCGGCGAGGCAGAGGAGCAGGAAGAGCAGGAGGGAGAGGCUGCUGCAGCAGACGCAAGCGGCACAGAGGGGGUCGUUGCGCCAGAGCCCGCCGAGCCAGACGCCAGCAGCGAGCAAGACGCGAAGCUGAGCGAGAAGCCGCAUAGCGACAGCACUGCACAGCCCUCGCAGCCAAGCGCUGUCUCGGCGCACGAGAGUAGCGUCUUCGAGCGGCAGCAGCAGACAGCUGCAGCUCUGGCUGUCGAGCCAUAUGGCCUGCCGGCGAUCAAGGAGAUCCUGCGCGUCGUCGUCUCGCUGCUCGACCCACAAACGACGCAGCACACCGAAGCCAUGCGGCUGCUCGGCCUGGCCAUGCUGUCGUCCAUCCUCGAGCUUGCGAGCCACUCGAUUGCUCGCUUCCCCUCUCUGCGCGCCAUCAUCCAGGACUCGGCGUGCAAGCACCUCUUCCAGCUGGCGCGCUCUGAGCACUCGCGCAUCCUGGCGCUGGCGCUGCGGGCGAUUGCCAUCCUGUUCGAGACGAUGCGCGAGCAUCUCAAGCUGCAGUACGAGCUCUUCCUCACCUUCAUGCUCGACCGCCUUGCGCCGAACUUCCCCAUCGCGCUCGAGCCGUGGAACGACGAGACGCAGGGCGCUGUCGCUGCCAAGCGGGCGAAGCUCAGCGACGGGCCUUCGCGGACAGGCACUCCGGAGCCAGCUGCCAAGGGCGCACCGCCGCCGCCGCCUCCGCCGCCACCGCCGCACCCGAAGACGUCCGACCGCGCGCCAGCAACGGGCGAGACGCGCGAGGUGAUGCUCGAGACGCUCAGCCUGCUCUUGCGCACGUACGAGGGCCAGCGGCCUGGCAGCUCCGACGCGCUGGUCCAGCUCUACGUCAACUUCGACUGCGACGUCGACUGCGAGAACAUGUUUGAGCGCUUCAUCCACUUCCUCUGCCGCAGCGUGUACGCCAGCAACCCGCAGUUUCCGUUGCAGCAGGACAGCACGCAGGUGCUGGCGCUUGACGCACUGCUCAACUUCGUCGGCAUGAUGACGGCGCGGCAAGAAGGGCUGAAUGGCGCAUCGGACAUCGAGGACGCGACGAUCGACAACGCCGACGGCCUGGCCGCGCAAAAGGGCCAGAAGGCGGCGAUCCUGGCUGGCGCUGCACGCUUCAACGCCAAGCCAAAGGACGGCCUCGCCUUCCUCGAGGCGCAGGGCUUCAUCGAUGCAUCUGGGAAGAACGGCGAAACGCGCGCCCAGAGCAUCGCCAAGUUCCUCAAGGACUGCCCGCGCCUCGACAAGAAGCUGCUCGGCGACUACAUCAGCCGGCCAGACAACCUCGAGGUGCUUGUGGCAUUCAUCAAUCUCUUCGACUUCCGCGACAAGUCCAUUGCCGAGGCGCUGCGCGAGCUGCUCGAGACGUUCCGCCUGCCCGGCGAGUCGCAGCAAAUCUCGCGCAUCACCGAGACAUUCGCCUCGGCCUACUUUGCCGUCGGGCCAGCCGAGAUCCGCAACGAGGACGCUGUCUACGUGCUCGCAUACUCGGUCAUCAUGCUCAACACGGACCUGCACAACCCGCAGAACAAGCGGCGCAUGAGCGUCGAGGACUAUCGCCGCAACCUGCGCGGCGUCAACGACGGCAAGGACUUCGACCCCGAGUACCUCGGCGCCAUCUACGACGUCAUCCGCAAGCGCGAGAUCGUCAUGCCCGAGGAGCACGUCGGGCAGCUGGGCUUCGACUAUGCCUGGAAGGAGCUGCUGCGGCGCUCGCGCAAGGCCGGCCCGCUGCUGCUGCCGCACACGGCCGUCUUUGACCGCGCCGUGUUCGAGAGCUGCUGGCGGCCCGUCGUCGCCAGCAUCGCGCAUGCCUUCUCGUCGUACCGCGACGAGCACCUGCUGGAGCGCGCCAUUGGCGGCUUCCGCCAGUGCGCGAUCCUCGCCAGCCGCUUCGGCAUGUACGAGCUGUUCGACUACAUGAUCCAAGGCCUCGCAGGCGCCACGGGCCUACUCGACGACCGCGUGCCGGGCGGCGGUGCGUUGACAAACAACGCAGUCGUCGAUGUUGAUGGCCAGAGCAUCACAGUCUCGCCGCUGUCGGUGCGCUUCGGCGCCAACUUCAAGGGCCAGCUCGCCGCCGUCGUGCUGUUCACCAUCACCAACGGCAACGGCAAUGCCAUCCGGGCGGGCUGGGCGCCGAUCUUCGAGAUCUUCAAGAACCUCUUCGUCAGCUCGCUGCUGCCCGCGCCGCUCUCGCACAUGCAUGACUUUGCCAAGGACGGCAGCGAGGCGGCGACGCCCGACGGGCUGAUCCCGAUCCCGCUGAAGCCGCGCAAGGCGCCUGGACCGCCGCCGCAGGAUCCGCGUGCCCAAGGCGGAGGCCUGUUCAGCACGCUCUCGUCCUACCUGCUGUCGCCGUACUCGGCCGCCAACGAGCCCGCUGCGCCCGAGGUGAUUGCCGAGGACGUCGAGUCGAGCCUGUGCACAGUGGACUGCAUCACGAGCUGCCGACUGGACGAGCUGUACGCGCAGGUCCUCGAGCUCAACGAGGAAGCGCUGCUGCCGGCGCUGCGUGCUCUCAAGGCGCUUGCCGACCGCUGCAGUGUCGAGCGUGUUACUGCGCCGGUCCACGAGCAGCACCGACUCGUGCAGGAUCGCGAAGCUUCCAGCUCAGGUCGCUCUACGCCGACGAACCCUGGCUCCAGCCUUGCCGGUGCGCGUUCGCCGCUGCACUACGACCCGACGGCGAUCUUCGCAAUGGAGCUGCUCACGUCCGUGGCGUGCUCUUCCACGGCAGUCUCGACGGCCGAGGCAUGGAACGUCGCCUCGGAGCACCUCAUCGACGUGCUCAAGAUGCCGCGGCUCAUGCACCCCAUGCACAUCGAGCGCGCAGUCGCCUCGCUGCUGCGGCUGGCAGAGAAGAUCUCGCCGUCGGCCGAAGGCGCUCUGCGCGACCAGAUCUUCGUGGCGCUCGACUUGCUGCGCAGCAUCCCGGCCGAGCUGCGCUCCUCGAUCAGCCCUCAGCUCGUGGCGGGCCUGACGCAGAUCAUCCGCACGGACCCUGGCUUUGCCCGCUCGCAGACCGAGUGGGGUCUCGUGCUGGCCCUCAUCGCAGACCACUCUGUGACGCGCAACGCACGCGCUGCGGCGCUGGCCUCGGAUGCAGUGCGGCAGAUCGCGCAGCAACGGCUGACAAGCGACAACUUCGCCGGCGUCGUGUCGCUACUGCGCAGCUUUGCUGCUGGCGCCGACUGCUCCGGCUGGCGUGCCGAGGAGCAACGGCAAGGACAGCGCCGCACGCUCACGGAGAAGAAGGAGCUGGCGGACUACGAGACGCAGUGCCAGCAGCGAGGCGUGGAGGCCAUCGUGGCGCUGGAGGGCAUGAAGGGCUCGAUCCCGCGCCUGGUCGACGCCUCGGGAUUAGCAGCUGCCGAUGCGUGGACACAGUUCUGGCUGCCGCUCAUGACGGCGCUGUCGGAGCAGUGCGCCAACCGGCACCGGCCUGCGCGCGAGGCGGCCAUCACGCAUCUGCAGCGCACGCUGCUUGCGUCCGAGAUUCUCUCCGGCACGGCCGCGUCGCUGCCGCAGCGCAGCACGCUCGUCUACAUCUUCACCGCCGUCGUGUUCUCCACGCUCGACGAGCUGCUCAAGCCCGAGGUGUUCAAGGCCGACGCCGAGGGCAUCCUCGAGGCGCGCAUCCGCAUGUGCGCGCUGCUAUCCAAGGUGUACCUGCACUACCUGCCGCAGCUUGCCUCGCCGGCCGACGAGCCGUUCCAGCGGCUGUGGAUGCAGGUGCUGGACAACCUUGAGCGCUACCUGCGUGCGAGCAAGCACCAGCAUGAGUCGAUACCGGAGCUGACGAAGAACGUGCUGCUGGUGAUGAAUGCCUCGGAGGUGCUGCUGCCGCCGCCGGCACCCGGAGCGCCAGAGCAGCGCAGCGGCGAGCAGGUGGCGCUGUGGGCGCUGACGGCCGAGCGGCUGGCGCAGUUCCUGCCGGGCCUGCUCGACGAGCUCUUCGGCGCUGCGCCAAUAAGAAUGCCCGAGACGGCAGCGGCCGCACCUGAGGCCGGUGCAGCCGGAGGGCAAGCUGUAUGAGAUACAUCGAGCGAGAGCUCAAUUGCAACUACUUAUCGCCUGACAG